GGUCUCCGCCCCUGCCAGCGGCGGGCCAGGGAUGAGCUGAACGAGAGAGAGGUGUACGGUGGGGUGCGAGGCCAGGCCUUCUUGUCCGCAGCCAGGGAAGAAGAGUCUCUGUUUAGAAAAUGAAGCUUCUAGGAAUCCACCCCAAUGCUUUGGCAUAUUCUAUGACAACCCUGGGGACUGCAAUGAUGAAUAUGGUCUUUAAUUUCUACUAUGUGAAGCUUUUCCUAAAUCAAUACAAGAUUUCAGAAGCUGCCUUUCACCAAGCCCAGGUAAUCUUUAUGAUUUGGAAUGCUUUUAAUGACCCUCUGUUUGGCUACCUUCAGGACAACUCCAAGGCUCCAUGCUGUUCAAGACGUCAGAUGGCCAUUUUAUAUGGAGCUCCAUUGUAUGCCUUAGCCUUCUUGCUUCCUUGGUUCCCUUGGAAACAUUAUCAUGAAAAUGACUGGCUCAGUGGACUUCACCUGGUGAUAUCCUUGUGUGCCUUCGAUGGCAUGCUGACCUUUGUGCUGCUGGCUCAGUGUGCCCUGUUUGCAGAGAUUUCCACCAGACACGAAAGUCGGCUUCAGCUUGUUAAGUACAACCAGGUGGCAUCACUGGUUGGGUCUACCAGCAUCCUAUUCUGUGGCCUCUUCUCUGACAAUAUGGAAAACUUUCCUCAUUUCCAGGCCUUCUCUGUCGUAGUAGCUGCUCUUUCCAAUGCCUGCCUCUGUUAUACCGGCUUGUACAGCACAAGUCAGUAUGAGCUUAAAGAAAGCCCUGGAGACAACACGAACCCAGAUGGCAAAUCAGAGCUCUCCUGGGGGUCAGUCAUCUUGCUGACCAAGCAGAUUUUAACCCAGAAAAACUUCUUGCUUUUUUUGGCAAUGAACUUCUUCCAGGUCUUCCAUGUAGCCUUCUUCAGCAACUUCAUGAUGAUCUUUGCAGAUAACCUUAUCCCUAAGGAUGCUCUUUCUUCCUCCGUGAGGAGUAUCAUGUAUGGGGCAGGGUUUAUUUGCCCUCAGUGCCUGGUGCUCAUCAGUCAUUCUUGGCUGAAGAAGUACGGUUACUAUAAGGUGGUCUUGUAUUCCUUCUACGUAGAAGGAGCAACAGCAGCUGUAAUGUUCAUCUUUGGGCAGGACCACUAUUACUUGUUGGGACUUUAUCUCACCAUUAACAUGGUCAUCGUUCAAGCUUCUUUUAGUUUAUUUAAUCUUCCUUUGGCCGACAUCAUUGAUGCCGAUUUACUGAAAUUCAAACGGAAGUCACCCCUUUCCUCAAUGGUUUUUGGGACCAAUGCUUUGUUUACGAAACCUGCACAGUCUUUGGCUCCCAUGGUCAUUGUCUCCAUGUUAAAUCAGUUUGGAUAUGAGAAUUUGAACAACAAAGUCAUGCAGCCAGACCCAAGUUUGUUUUCAGGACUUCAUGAGGCCAUGUUCUACCUGAUCUGUCUCGUUCCACUGGGCAUCGCAGUGAUUCAGAUUUUGGCUUGGACUCCCUUCUCAAUAAGGAAUAGUCACAAGGCAAACUGGAUAGUCACCCUAUAACAUAAGGAAUGAUGUCUUGGGACUAAAUUUUGAUAUGGGAUAGUUUUUUUGGUGAUGUCAUUCUUUUAUAUGGAGAAAACUUCCACAAUUCAGAGCUGUUAAAAUCCAGUUCCCCAGACUCUCUUAAUUUGACUGAUCAGGAGGGUAAAUGCAGUUAAUCGUUAAAUUGGAAAGGUCCCCUUUGGUGGCUUUAGAAUUUCACCUAAAGUUGUCAGUGUCUUACCGCCUCAGUGCAGCCCAUAGGGCUAGCUAGUUCUCUUUUCCGAUUAGAUAAUUGGACGAUUUCCAUGGUGGUGGGUGGGGAGAGAGAGGGAGUCGUUUGUAGAAACACACCUGGCUGUCACUAUAAACCCAAUUAUCCUUAUAGGCUAAGAAUCUCUCUCUAAUCAUCUCUGGGUGGCUUCUUCUGUGCACUAUACCCAAGGAGAUGCUGUGUUCUUGGUUCCCAGAGCCUUGACCCAUCCUCCCUAAGACAGAAGUCUGAAAUGGCACCUAAAGAGACCAAGUCUGCCUAAAGUGCAAUGAUGAUCAGCCUUUUGGAGAUUUUCAUAUCUCCAUCUGACAGGCCUAUUAUAUAACCCUUAGCUGGAUGGCGGCAGAGAAUCCCUCAGCAGUGAAUAUAAUGGCGGCGGCGGCGGCAGCAACAGCUAGAGCUGCCACUUCUUUUCCCUUUAUCCUCUUCAGAGGCAGCAACACCAUGACUGAACUGGCUUUUCUGAGGCAAAGAUGGGAAUUUCCAGUGAAGCUGGAAAACCUUUAGCCAGUAGUACCAGACACUCCCAUCCCUGGCCUGGAAGGGCGGUUCUUGUGAAGUAGACAGGCAGGGGCAGUAACUGCUGUCAGGCUCCCAUUGCCACCUCCUGGCCUGAUCAGCAAGGCUCUCUGGGCUGUGCUCUGGGAUGGUGCAUUAGGAGCCACUUGUCAUCCAGGCCCUUCUGGAUGCCUUCUCCUUGCUGCCACUCCCUGGGUCCUGUCUAGGGACUCAGGUAGCAGCAGUAGUAAUCUCUUCUUUGGUCUAUAUUUAUUUGUGUCUGUGUGUAACUCUGGCCCUGUCACCCAUGAUCCACUCUUUAUUUUUCCUAUUCCUUACUGUCCUCCCUCGCUCCUCUCAAUGUUCCUUCCUGUGUCAUUUUGCCCUCUCCUUUCUCUGUUACCCUUUUCCAUUUCCCCUUCUGCCUUGGACCCUCUCUUCCUUCCUCACUGCCAUUCUUCCUCCUCCCAGUCUCCUUCUCCCAUCUCCUUUACCCACACCCCCGUCCUUGUCUCUCCACACCUCUAGUUCACCAUAUUUCUGUCUUUUGUGCUUUUUCAGCAAGUUGGCUGCCCACAGCGAGCUUACAUCAAGUUUUGAUAUUUACAUUCAAGUCUACUAAGACCCUGUCUGUUCUGAACAGCACCUUACACACUGAUACUUUCCAAGAUCCUUUCAUAUUCUUCAUCUUCCCCUCACUACCAUUGUGUUAUGAAAUGCAGCUGCCUCUGAAUCCAAGGGCCUGUUGAGGGUCUUUGGUGCCCUUGAUAUAGUUAUCUAUCCUUCACCCUACCCUACUACAGUAGAGCACUUUUCAUUUUCUGCUCUUCACUUUCCCUGUCUUCUCCCAUCCUGUUCAAAGGCCCAGGUACCCAGAGAUAAGUUCUAGAAUCACACAGCAUCCUGUGGCUCUUGCAGCUAUGUCCCCAGAGGGAUUGGAGAAGCGUUUCUAUUUUAAGAUGUGGCUCCUCAGGGCUCUGCUGUUUCCCUAGCUUUUUAAAGGGUUUCAUAAGGAGCUCUAGGUUCUCCCAGGGAUACUCCAUUUUAAACCAUUUGAAAAAGCCCUGGACUCAGGUUGCAUUAUCAGAAAAUCCCUGCAGUUCUGAAUCUUAAGCUCACCUAAUCCAAGUCACAACAGGUCAGUAGUCUGGAGGCUGACUUCUCUUCAAAAUUAUCCAGGGUCAGGAAGGGCUGACAACAGAACUGGGAACCUAGUUUAAGGGUUUACCUCCCGUCCUCGAUAUAGCCCCACGUUAUGGGUGAGAGUAACUGUGGCAACAGGGAGGGGAACAGGAAGUGGGCUGUCAGGAAGAGGAACACCUCCUUGUUGCCUCUAGGAAGAACAGGGUUGGGCCACACACUUCAUAGAAUUGUCCCCUAUUCUCCCAUGCUGCACCAUCCCAAUUGGGUGCCUUAUAGGUUCUGGGUCAAGGUUAGCUGCAAUGGUUGUAAAGCCUACAUGGAAGAAGGCAUGUGUGUGUGUCUCUGUCUGCUGUCUAAGUGGAUGAAGGUGUGAGUAUUUGGUUUAUUCACCAAUUCAAUUAUCCCAGCUAAUGCCUCCCUCCAUUAGCACAGGUAAUUGAACAUGGACUGCAAAUACAUACCUCCUUUAGCCUCUGCCCCAUUCACCGUUUUCAAUGCUUAUGCAUAGGUGGGUUGUUCUUUGGUUCAUAGAUCUUCAUUUCUGCAUUACAGCCCACUAGGAAAAUGGUAUUCCACCAUGAUCUGAGAGUUUCCUGGCAGGUGGAUAGACUUGUUGUGGCUGGCCAUGUUUGGGAUCGGGGACAAUGGAAGUGGCUCGCCAUACUUCUCUUUACCACAUCCAGAGCCUGACUGUGUCUCAAGGAGCGGGGUAUGAUCAGAGUUAAGGACUCAGCCGAGAUCACGCAGAGAGAAGAUGAGGGGAUGGGGCACCCGGCAUAGUCUCUGUCCCCCAAAACAACAGCACUCUUUGCCAGACAUGAAUAUUCAGACUUGCCCCCUGAUAGCGAUAGGGUAGCAACGGGAGCAAGAAUUGAGGGGGUUGGGAGAGAGGAAUCCCAGCAAGCUAAUCAACUGCUGCCAAAGUGAGUUGUGUGCUUGUCAUCUUCUCUAGGUGUAGUCGAAUCAGAGAUUAUGCAUUGGUAACUAAAUACAAAAUAAAGUUGAGCUACCUCACUGGCCUAAAGAGUUUAGUGUAAGAUUGUGAAUGUUGGUGAUGCAGUCAUUCCACUGAAUUGGAAGCCCUGUGCUCCAUUCUUGCUCUGUGACUGUGGAACAGGUUAUGGGCUGCCACCUUUUAAAGGCCUUCCACUGGCUACAAGUGACUUUGUGCUCAAUAAAACUGUUCCUUUUGAAUCAUGUUGACCUAGCCUUGGGCAAGCUUUCAAAAUGUCAUUGUGAAACUAAGCUAUGCUCAAGUCAGUGGAGGGUUUAUUUGAUGAGCUGAACCUUUCCUUUAGGGACUGUCUUAGAAUUGAUGCCUUAAAAUAUUUCCCUAAAUUAUAUAAAUCACAACUUGUAUCUACUGUGAAAUAAUGAACAAGUCUUUCACCCAAGAUAGUCUAAGAGGGCCAAAUUCACAUCCCAGAGACCAUAUAACGUAGUUUGGUGGAUAAAGCACUUCAGACGUCAUGAACUUGAUUUCCAGCUCUGUUCCUGACUUCCACUUGGGGUAAGUCACAAUUUCUGUUUGGCUUACUUGUACUCACCUGUGAAAUGAAGAGAAUAUACACCUGUCCAACUCACUGGAGUAUUAGGAUUAGUAUCACAAUGUUUGUAAUGUGCUGGGAGAGCAAUGCUUGGCAAAUAAUAGGAUAAUAUUACAGUGCUGUGAUUAAAGAACAAAAGUCCGAAUUUCCUUUUUACUUUUGGCCUGCUGAGUUGCAUCAUUCUCAUUUUCCCUUCCUCCAAUCCCUCUGUCUAAUCUGCAAAGUUAGCCAACAAUUCUUAAUAAUUUUGUUUGGAGAAAAAUUGUAAUAAGGUGUGGGGGAUGGGGGAGAGACAGGAACAGGGAAGACGAGUGUAGUUUCCUCUAAAUAAGCCCGGCCAGAAGCUUCUAUAAAUGGGAAUCACAAGCAGAGCUUUGCCAAACUGGAAUUCACUGGUUUGUAAAGAUGAUAUUCCCUGGGAUCUGGAGUGGGGGUCCUAUAGUGCGUAGUUUUCAGGUAAGCCUGCUGGGGACAGGAGUCUUCAGUUCUGCUCCUAAGGAGGCCUCAGAAUUAGACCUCACAGUAAUGGAGGUCAUUGCAUUCUUCCUUAAGGGCUUUGGAUGGCGGUUUUCCCCAAAGUGGUCCUUUCUCCAGUUUUCUCUGAGUAGGACUAAGCUACGCAGAAGGCACACCUACUUGAAUAACACAAGCACUUUAAUUCAAACUCAAGGAAUAGGUGAUACUGUGAAAUGUCAAUCAACAUUGAGUUACAUUUAACCUUGAUUAUUACUAUUUUAAAGUGGUCUUAAGAGUGCCUUAUAUCAAUCAGUGUGUUUAUUGAGCACAUACUAUGUGCAGCGCACUGUACUAAGUGCCUGGGAGAACACAAUACAGCAGAGUUGGUAGACAUGUUCCCUGCCCGCAAUGAGCUUACAUCAAGUUUUGAUGUUGUCUUAAUUUAUAUUAGUGCCUUUUGAACAGGGAUCAUGUCUAACUCUUCUAGCAGCAUCUUGCACACUGAUGCUUAAUGUCAAAUCAUUAGAGAUCUACAUAUGCAUCUGUAGUUGUACAUAAAUAAUUUAUCAGAAUGUUCUUAGAAAAUAUUGUAAUGGAGAAUCCCUGGGGAAUUCUUAAAUUGUUGCUGUUUAUAAAAAGUCACAUAGUAGCAUGCGACCUUGGACUCUGCUUUAUCUCUUGGCAGUUCUUUGUUUAAAAAGCGAUUUUUACUUUUCCAGAUCAUGGAAAUUAAGUUGGCAUUUUUUGGGGGAAGGUCAUUCUGAAAUAACUGAAGAAAUGAAAUGUAUAUAAAUGUUGCGGUUCAUUAUUUGAAAAUGUCAUGCUCUUCCAGGUUAUCCUUUCCGAGCUAGUUAGUAAUAAAAACAACCUAUUUUAAGUA